AUGGCCCACAAAGGAGAGCUUCCCCCUUACCAAAGACUCAUUACCGCACACAACGAAGAUGGCAAGGCUGUCUUCGCAAAGAUUGACGAGACUGGACCCUGGGAUGGCAGCAUCAAUGGUGGAACUGUCGGCUUCUCUCUUGGUUACACAACUUCAACUACGCCGGUAGACAUGACCAACGAUAAGGACAUCGCGCAGUACAAGGAAUAUUUGGUGUCACCACCCGGCCUCGUAAACAAGCAAGGUUCUGUCCUUCGUCUGGUGGACUGCCCCCCUGGUACCACGUCUCCUAUGCACCGCACUGUCUCACUCGACUAUGGUGUUGUGCUCUACGGAGAGAUGGAGUUGGUUCUCGACAGUGGGGAGACUAGAAUAAUGAAAGUUGGAGACGUCGCAGUGCAAAGAGGAACCAACCAUGCGUGGAGAAACACAAGCGAUACCAAGUGGGCUCGUAUGAUGUACGUUCUCCAGCCGUCGCUUCCUAUCGAGAUCAACGGAAAGCCUUUGGAUGAAGAUCUCGGACCUAUGGAGGGCGUUCGCAGUUCAACCUAA